AUGCUUUCGACUUGCCAUCCUUUCAACACUCGUGCAAAACCGCCAACAGCCAGAGUGGUGCACGGCUUCCUUGUUCUGCAAUACGUCAAUGCAGUGGGCUACUUCAAGUGGAUUAUCUACGGAGUUGCUUACGCUUGUGCCUUUUCUGUCAUUCGUCGCGAUCUCAAGCCGGCAAACUUGCGCAUCGCCCAUAAGGCACUGUACUACUUCAAGCAGAUUACCUAUGGACUUGCUUAUGCUCAUACCUUUUCUGCCACUCGUCGCAAUCUCCAGCCAGAGAACAUGCUCAUCGCAAAUCUCAAGCCCCUGAAUGUCGAGAACUUAUACUACAGCAACAGCGGAGAGUUCUUUGACUAUCUCGUGCUCCUCUUCCCUGUUCUGGAAUGCGUCUACAGUGGAGAAAUCUUCGACUAUCUUGUUAGCUUCGGCCGAAUAGAACAUCACAAGGCACUGUGCUACUUCAAGAAUGCUCUGGACAAAAUUGCUAUCUGUACUCCUUGCUGCCUUUUCUCUUGUGUCUGUCGUACCUAUGGACUUGUCUGUGCUCAUGCCUUGUCCGUCAUCCAUUGCAGCCUCAAGCUAGUGAAGAGUCGCUUUUAUCAUGAUGGCCAACCAAUUAGGCACUAUAUGGCGCCACCUAUGGAAGAUGUACCAGAGUCACCAUCUGAGAUGAUCUCGGAUUCUGCGCACACAGGACCUGCUGGACAUCCCUCGCGUACUCCGCAAAUUCAAGCAAGUCGCCUUGCCCCGAAGCCUCCACAGCGCAUGCUGGCGAAUGGGUCUACACUCGAGCCAGGGUCCCCGAUGAUUUCUCCUCCAAAUUCUCGUAUGCGAUCCGUCUCUCUCAGUGGUCCACUAACUCUGUGUUCCUCUCAAGUUGCAAGGGGACGUCCUGCGUCUUCUCCUGUGCCGCCGCGCGACGUAUUUGUGGCGACCGAUGCCGAGACUGCUGAGAAGAUGAGGUCCCCGAGGGAUGGUGUAGACGAUAUUCAUAUGCCGCUGCGGGUGAUCUUGUCCUGUAACACGUCACCCAAUUGUGCGAUACGCACGGAAACACAAACAGUUGACGGUCUUCCAUAUAGCCAGCAGAGAUACGACCCAAUGACUGAAAUUCCUACGCCCGGUACUCCUCGCGAUGUUCCACCCUGGAUCCCUACGUGUGCUAUUGCAACCGAUGUCUCACUGUCCCCGUCCCCGUUACUCUGA